AUGGUAAAUCAUGAUUCUCUUCAGACAGUCAUGAAUAAUUCCCCUGUCAAACGGUCGAUUGCCGAUGAUUCAAGUAUCGUUAUUGAAAAAGAUGAAGGAGAGAAGAGGAUCGAAGAAGUUCUCAUCGAAGUUGAGCGGUUUGUCGUCAACGUUUUCCAAUGGACUUGUUUGAUCAUCCUUGUUUUCACUGCAAUAAUUUAUCAACUAUUUCUUUGA